AUGCGUCUCUUCACUCUCCUUAUAACUUUUCUUUCGGCUGUAGCGGCUCUUACUCUAAACAAGAUUGAUGGCACUACGAUCGAGCUCGGUGAUGAGCCGGCGGUCGUUGAUCUCAGCAACGUGAUCAUACCUGCGCGUGCGCCGGUUAUUGAGUCCAGUGCCCACAACGCAAGAGACGCUACCGACGUUAACGCCGCAGAUUGGGAUCGUAGUGCGUCAAAUGUUCAUUUCUACCAGCACACCAACUACAAAGGCAGUGUCGUGACGGCCUACCACUGCAGGGAUGGCAUGAACAGUUGCAUGACCUUGUUAAACACAGAAGACAAGUAUGGACACAUACCAAGUUCAAUCUACAGUCACUAUCGAGCCAUCCUCAAUUCGCUUCGACGUUUGCCCCGACGUACUGGUCACUGUGAACCCACGGCUAGAUCCCUCUUCCUCCACGGCUCGGUUGGCAAUCUUGCGACCAAUCCUGCGACCAUUGGCUGGAAUGACAAGAUCAAGUCUGUCGAUUGCCGCUGGGACCAAUUGUGA